AUGGCUAUCACAGCACUUGAUCGCGCUACACUGCCCCAAACAAGGCCCAAUGCUGAGGACGUGCAAAAGAAUACCCUGCGGGAUCACUCUAGACCUUUCGAGGCAACGGAAACCCCAACAAGAGUUAAGCGUCUGGCGCUGAUCACCUCGGAGGACCUCAAGACACCGACCAUUGCCAUCCCAACGAUCACUGUCGCUGCUGGGUCCCUUGCGGUCUGGGCAGCUGUCCUCUAUUACGGCGCAUACAAGAAAAAGGUCUCCGCCAUCUUAACAUUCCCUGCCAUGACCGCGGCUUGCUUUGCGUCGUUUACGCCGGUACACGACGGUACGCAUUCAUCGAUCGCCAAGGGCGUGUACAAGAAGCCGAUCAACAACCUGGUCGGGUACCUGUCAGGUAUCCCCUUGAACAUUCCGUUCGGCGUUUACCGCCAGUUGCAUCUCUUACACCACCGACACACUAACACAGACAAGGACCCCGAUGUCUGGGAUGCCCGGGGACCGAUGGUCCUUCGGUUCUUCAAGUGGUUCGUCCCUGACUUUUUUUGGAUCAAGGCUGUGCUGAUGGGCGAAGUCAAGGACGCCAAGAUCCUGGAUGCGGCGCUCUUUUACUUGUCCAUGUUCUGGAUGAUCAAGAAGAUGAACGACAAGGGCCUGGCCUUUAUCAAGUACUGGAUCAUUCCUCAGCGCACUGCAUACUGGUUGCUUACGUGGCUUUUUGCGUACGUGCCCCAUCGCCCCGAUGGAGGCCACACGUACAAUGCCAAGGAUAACGUGUACAAGAUGACGAGCGUGACAGGCGGGAUCCUGUAUUCGAACGGUCUCAACCUUGCGAUCCCGUUGCUGAACCAGCACCUGCACAACAUCCACCACCUCUACCCACAACUGCCCUUCACACAAUACGGAGCGAUAUGGUCCAAGCACAAGGAUGCACUAAUUGCGGCUGGAACGGAGAUCCACCCGGUGUAUUCGUCCACACAAGAAUGGAAGUGGGACGAAGGGCUGGAUGGGCGGAGGAAGUUGAGAUGA